AUGGAUCUACCUGAAGCAUGCUGGGAAUUGAUCUGCAAACUCAUCGAGAAGGACGAUUAUCGAUUCCUGGAAUCUGUCUCACUCGUAUCGACCUCAUUCCUCUCCAUCACCAAUCGCGUUCGCUCUACUUUCACCAUCACCGACCGGACUGUUCCCUUACUCCACCGUCAUCUCCGCCGUUUCCGUAACCUGAAGCGCGUCAGCUUCCAUCAUUUCACUAAGAAUCCCGUUUCGACUCUCUUGCAGGUUUCCCGUUCCGGUCUAGAUCUGGAAUCGCUCGAUGUCUGGGGAAUGCCGUAUUUUCCAGAUUCCGAGAAAUCGGGGAUGAAGAUGAUGAGCAAUCUCAAGGAAUUUAACGUCGGUGCAAUCAAGGAACUGCGAGAAAUCGAUCUGGUUUCGAUCGGAUUGUGUUUCCCAUCUCUCGAGAAGCUGCACAUUGGCUAUAUCGACUUUCUUCCAGGUCCCGUCUUGGAUUCUGCGAUUAUCAGUCUUUCCCAAAAUCUCCCAGGAUUGUUGAAGAUUGACGUCACUGGUAAUACCUUAAUGACAGAUAAAUCUCUGAUUUCUCUAUCGAGGAAUUGUGUCCUUCUGAGAGAAGUGAUCUUACGUGACUGCGAUCUCAUUUCAUCUGAUGGCAUCGAAUUUCUUCUGCGAAACUCUAAGAAGUUAGAGUCUCUUGCGGUCAGCGGAAUCGGAUGGCCGCCGAAGGAAUCUUUCUCCACUGAUGCUUUCGUAUACGCUCGUUGUUUGUCUGAGCUUGAUCUCUCCGGCUCGUCGAUAUCCGUUGAGUUUCUCCGUUCGAUCGCCGAUGCAAAGCUUCCUCUGAAGAAGCUUCUUCUCUCGUAUUGUGAAGGUAUCGAUUUUGAUGGGUUAUUGUAUUUGGUUUCCAAGUACCAAACACUUGUUGAAUUGAGUCUUAAAGGAUCAAGUUUCCUCACUGAUGAGAUGGUGACGAAGCUGGUGGUGUUCCUCCGGUGUUUAACCUCUGUAAACCUCAGCUGGUGCUCCAAGUUAACUGGUGUAACGUUUUUCAACAUCGUUGAAACGUGUGUUUCCAUCAAGCGUGUGAAAAUGAGAGUGACGAGUUUUGGAGUGGAAGAAACUUCAAAGGAAGUGGAUAUCAACAUCAAGUCAGGGCUCAAGUCUUUGUACAUAUCUGGACACCAGAGUUUGGGAGAUGAGUGUAUCGAGAAGAUAUCACGGCAUUGCCCUUUUUUAGAAACUCUUGACUUUGGAGGUUGUAAUGCCAUCACGAGAGAUGGGAUGCUUCAAGUCUUGAGGAAUUGUGGGAACCUAACAUCUUUGAAUAUAGAAGAAUGCAUUGACAUAAAGUGUAUUGGCGUGGUAGAUUUUGAGCUACCAAAGUUGGAGACUUUGCGGACGUGUGGAAAUUGGAUCAACGAGCAAGAACCAUAUACGAUCAGGAAAAUGUGUGGAGGAUUGUUGACUCUUGAUCUGAGAGGAAGCUUCAACGUGAGAUCAAGAGGGGUGAAGGAAAUUGUGCGGCGAUGCACGCGUUUAAGAGCGAUAUUCCUUGAUAAGUGUGAAGCUGAUGAUGAAGUUUUCACUUGGUUGGUUUGUGAAAUCCCAUCUCUUAAGAAAAUCGUGGGGCCGUCUGGUUUUUCUCCAAGUUUAGAACUCAAGAACUUGGCUCUGCGUCAUGGGUGUGUUAUUUACUAA